AUGGCAUUUUAUCCCCUGCAGAUUGCUGGUCUGGUUCUUGGCUUCCUUGGCAUGGUGGGGACCCUUGCCACAACGCUCCUGCCUCAGUGGAGGGUAUCGGCUUUCAUUGGCAGCAACAUCAUUGUUUUCGAAAGGCUCUGGGAAGGCCUCUGGAUGAACUGCGUCCGGCAAGCCAAGGUCCGCUUGCAGUGCAAGUUCUAUGGCUCUUUGUUGGCUCUCCCACCUGUCUUAGAGGCGGCCAGGGCCCUCAUGUGUGUCGCCGUAGCUCUCUCCCUGAUUGCUCUGCUUCUUGGCAUUUGUGGCAUGAAGCACCUCCAGUGCACGGGCUCCAACGGGAGGGCCAAAGCGUACCUUCUGGGGACCUCUGGGGUCCUCUUCAUCCUGACCGGCAUCUUUGUUCUGAUUCCUGUGUGCUGGACGGCCAACAUCAUCAUCAGGGAUUUCUACGACCCGGCCAUCCACGUGGGGCAGAAACGGGAGCUGGGAGCGGCCCUUUUCCUCGGCUGGGCGAGCACCGCCAUGCUCUUCAUUGGAGGUGGUCUGCUCCUCGGGUUCUGCUGUUGCAACACGAAGAAGCCGAGACCCAGGUAUCCAGCCCCGGGACACUGCGUGCGGCACACAGAGAAGCGGAGGAACGUGACGGUGCUCAGUAAGACUUCCACCAGUUAUGUUUAG